CUGCAGGGAGCGGGGCGGCGUUGCUGCUGCUGCUGCUGCCGCCGCCACCGCCGGAUCCAUCCUGCUUCUCUCGCGCUCUGCCGCAUUUCCUCCCUUCUCCUAACUCCCGUCUGGAGACGCACCACCACCCGGCACUCUGAGCAGCCUCGCCCCCGCCAAGAUGUCUCUAGCCGUCGAAGAAGAGGACUACGCCAAGCUGGUGAUGGAGUCGGGGCCCGAGUGGCUCCGCACCGAGAUCAAGCGGCUCUUCCAGGAGCUGGGCGAAACCACCCGCGAGAAGAUCCAGGCUGCCGAGUACGGGCUGGCGGUGCUGGAGGAGAAGCAGCAGCUCAAGCAGCAGUAUGAGGAGCUGGAGCUGGAGUACGAGACCAUCCGCACCGAGAUGGAGCAGCUGAAGGAGGCUUUUGGUCAGGCUCACACUAACCACAAGAAAGUAGCAGCAGAUGGAGAGAGCAGGGAAGAAACCUUGAUUCAAGAGUCCGCCACAAAGGAAGAAUACUACAUGAAGAAAGUCAUGGAACUGCAGACAGAGCUAAAGCAGCUGAGGAAUGUCCUUGCCAACACCCAGUCUGAAAAUGAACGCUUGAAUUCUGUUGCUCAGGAACUUAGAGAGAUAAAUCAGAACGUGGAACUCCAGAGGGGUCGCUUGCGAGACGACAUAAAGGAGUACAAAUUCCGAGAAGCCCGUUUGCUGCAAGAUUACACUGAGCUCGAGGAGGAGAACAUCUGCCUUCAGAAGCAAGUGUCGGUCCUGAAGCAGAACCAGGUGGAAUUUGAAGGGCUGAAACAUGAAAUCAAGAGGCUUGAAGAAGUUACCGAAUUCCUCAACAGCCAGCUGGAAGAUGCCAUAAGGUUAAAAGAGAUAUCUGAGCGCCAGCUUGAGGAGGCCUUGGAGACCCUGAAGACCGAACGAGAGCAGAAGAACAACCUUCGGAAGGAGCUGUCUCAUUAUAUGAACAUCAAUGAUUCCAUGUACACAAGCCAUUUGAACUUUUCUCUGGAUGGGCUGAAGUUCAGCGAUGAGACCACGGAGCCCAAUAAUGAUGAAAUUGUGAACGGCUUUGAGCAGAACUGCCUGAGUAAAGUCAACAAUGGCAAUAAUAAGGCAUCAACGCCGAAGAAAAGCGAGAGCUUCCCUCCAGCGCCUAGUCUUGUGUCUGAUCUCUUGAGCGAGUUGAAUAUAUCUGAAAUCCAGAAGUUGAAACAGCAGCUUAUGCAGAUGGAAAGAGAAAAAAUGAAUUUGUUGUCUACACUCCAAGAGUUUCAAAAGCAGCUGGAGAAUACCCGAGGGGCUCUGUCUGAGCAGAAUGAGAAGGUAGUCAGGCUCACUGAGAACCUCAGUGCCAUGAAAAAGCUCCAGGUCAGCAAGGAGCGCCAGUCAGCUCUAGACAAUGAAAAGGAGCGAGAUAGCCACGAAGAUGGAGAUUAUUAUGAGGUUGACAUCAAUGGCCCAGAGAUCCUUGAAUGCAAGUACAAAGUGGCUGUGGCGGAGAUUAGUGACUUAAAAGAUGAGCUCAAAGGCCUAAAAGCCAAAUAUGAAGAGUGUGAAUCCAAAUACGAAGAGGAGAAGAGCAGGUAUGAGACCGAAUCUCAAGCUCUGACCGAAAAGAUUACUUCAUUGGAAAAAUCUAGCAGGCAAGAUAGAGAGCAGGUAGUUAGACUGGAGAAGGAACUCAAGAAAGUAAGUGAUGUUGCUGGAGAAACACAGGGAAGCCUCAGCGUAGCUCAGGAUGAGCUGGUCUCCUUCAGCGAGGAGUUAGCCAACUUGUACCAUCAUGUCUGCAUGUGCAACAAUGAAACUCCAAACCGGGUCAUGCUGGAUUACUACAAAGAGGGCAAAGGAGGCCGUACCAGUCCAGAGGGCAAAGGCCGCAAAUCGCCCAUCCUGCUCUCUAAAGGCUUGUUGUCCAUAGACUUAGGAAAAUCAGAAAGUGGGAGUGGGGACAGCAGUCCUUCGCCAGUGUCGUCUCUCCCAUCCCCAGUAUCUGAUCCCCGGAAGGAGCCCAUGAACAUUUACAACCUGAUUGCCAUAAUCCGCGACCAGAUCAAGCAUCUGCAGCAAGCUGUUGACAGAACGACAGAGCUGUCUCGGCAGCGGGUGACCACCCAGGAACUUGGGCCAGUAGUAGAUAAAGACAAAGAGGCUCUAAUGGAGGAAAUUCUGAAGCUGAAAUCUCUGCUAAGCACCAAGAGGGAGCAGAUAGCAACUCUGAGGACUGUCCUAAAGGCUAACAAACAGACCGCAGAAGUUGCUCUGGCCAACUUGAAAAGCAAGUAUGAAAAUGAAAAGGCCAUGGUAACAGAGACAAUGAUGAAGCUGCGUAAUGAGCUGAAGGCUUUAAAAGAAGAUGCUGCUACCUUCUCUUCUCUGAGGGCCAUGUUUGCUACCAGGUGUGAUGAGUACGUCACCCAGCUGGACGAAAUGCAACGCCAGCUUGCCGCUGCCGAAGACGAAAAGAAGACGCUGAACUCCUUGCUCCGUAUGGCCAUCCAGCAAAAGCUGGCUUUGACCCAGCGCCUUGAGCAUCUUGAGCUGGACCAUGAGCAGUCCAAAAGGGUGCGCACAAAAUCUGCUUCCAAAGCCAAGAGUAGUAGCCCCAGUGUAAGUCACAUACGGUCGUGCGGAGACAGAUCCGAAGGAUCUGUGCUUAAUAACCAGGUGUUUUGCAGUGAGAAGUAUAAAAUCUAUUGCGAUUAAGAAGGCAAAAAGAAAGAGAGAGAGAGGCCGUAAAUAUGCAUCUGAUGUUUGUGCUGUUUGAAUGUCAGCAUAAAUCCCCACUAUAUUAAUGUUGCGGUGGUGCAUGGCUUUGUACUAGUAUGUUGUUAAACCAUGUAAUACAGGUUGUAUUAUAGUGGUCUUAACUGUAACUGAUUCACAAGCAUGGGGAGGGGGAAUGCUGUUAACAAGCUAAUGAUGGAAAAGCACUUGGCUGUUUCCAGAAGGAGCGACUUUGGUUUUGCUGUUUAUGGGUAAGUGUUAAAAGGUGCAGGCCAGGUGUACGACGCCUGGCGUUACUAACUGUAGCUUGUCUAGCGCAGAUGCGAUCCUUUCCCCUGGGUUCUAAGCCGUUCUUCAAGCAAUGGAGAUAAUUUCACUGGCAAGAGCCAUCUCCUUGUUUAAUACGCCUGCGAAGUGGUGAAAUGCAGCGCUUAAAAAUUAGGUGUGUAAUGUUGGGUGUUAAGAAAUCUGUGUUUUGAACCAGAAACAAAUCUAAAUUAAAUCUGCUAUAGCAGGUAGUUGCUUUCAUUAUUACCACUUAGCAAAAGCCAAAAAAAAAAAGAGCUUUCUUAUAAGCUGUUAAGAGCUAGGACAACCUAGUAGGAAGGAUACCUUCUGAAAUUCCUGGGUUUCCUCCCUCGCUUCACUUCAGAGGGUUAACCUGUUGAAAAUUGCACAAUUAAAAAAAGAGAAAGAGAGAGGAGAUAAUGCAAUAUUGCCUGUUCUGGAACACAACUUUACACUAAAAGAAAGCAAAAUUGGGAUCUCAGUGUUUCAGAACAGUUAUGUUGUGGGACAAUAGCAUAUACUACAAAGAUUUCUGUAGUAUCAUGUUGUUGUUGUUGCUUCUGGCAGUGUAAUUUGCCAGGAAGAAGGUGCAUUACAUAUUGGGCACCGUCCAGCCAAAGUUAGCCUAACUUUAAAUCUCCUUGAUUUUCAAUGAGAAAGUUAAACAAGUGCUUAACUCUCUCUUCUGUUUCAACCAAUGGGAUUUUAAAGUACGUAAGGUCAUGCUCAUUAUUACUAUAUCUGCACAGUAUACGUGUACAGAAUUAAUAGGAGUGUGUUCUAGUAUUGUCAAGUUGCAAUGCAUUUCUCCUUAACUGUCAGUAUUAAGGCUUAAUAGGAUAGUAUUACAGAGCUCUGUCUUUUGUUCAAGCAAAAAAAAAAAAGAUGAAAUAAAAUUGCAUUUUUAAUGCAAGCACACAUUUCACAGGGCUCUACAUUCUAGGCACAGGAAAU